AUGAAUGCUAUUCGUGUACAAAUACAUUUAAAAUAUAUAUUUGAUGAUAAUUCAUCAAAAAAAUUUCAUAAUUUUUGGUAUGCUUUUGAACCAUCGAAAUUAUUAACUAUUAAUGAUAUAAUUGAAGAUAUUCGAUUAAAUUAUUUAAAAAAUCAUAUAUCUUUAUCAAUAGAAGAAAAAGAUGAACAAACAUUUAUUUUUAAUCUUAAUGAUUAUCAAUUAUUACCAUUUACUUCUAGUCAAAUUUUACGUGAUAAUGAUCAACUUACUCUUAUGUCAUUAAAAACAAACAGUUUACAUAAGAAAUCAUUGCAAGACUCAAUUAAUUUUAAUUUGUCUUCAUCAAUUCCUAUUGAACCACCACAAAUUUUAUCUGAAAACAAUAAUAAACGACAACGUAUUGAAUCUGUUGAACAAAAUAUUCCAUCAGAAUCAACAAUAACAAUUACAAAAUCUAUUGAAAAUAUCGAUGAACAAUCAUGUAAAAAGAAAAUAAAAACUAAAUCAACUGAAAAUCAAGUUAUUGUUCCAUCAAUAAUUCAAUCUACACCUGAACCACCAGUAGUCCAACCAACACUCACACCUUUAAAAGAGCCCAUUUUUGUAAAAGAAAUUACUUCAGAACCACCAUUAUCACUUCCAUCAACAAAUGUUCGUAUUCGAGAAUUAAGAUCAAAGACACCAACAUGGAAAUCACAAACACUACCAGUCAAAGACAAUGCACAAGACAAGAUGCAUAUUCGAUUCGAUUCUGAUAGUGAUGAAGAAUUAUUAUCACAAACACAAACUACUAAUGAAGAGAAUAAACAAACAGAAAAAUUAAGUGUCGUCAAUGAUAUUAAUAGUUCAAUUCGUAUAGAUACUAUUCCAACAACAAUAUCAACAGAUAUAACUCAAACAAAACCUACGAAAAAAACUAUUGAUCUUCUUUUUGAAAUGAAACAACAUAAAACUCUUCAUGAAAGACAAGCAAAACAAAUUCAACAACAAUUUGGUAGAAAACGUGCACAACAUAAAAAACGAGCAUUAGAUUAUUUUUCAAUGGCAAAUUUUGUUGAUCAAGCAUUUGGCCUUGAUAAAAGUGAACUUAUAAAACAGAUAUCACCCAAUGGAUAUCAUUCAUCAUCUUCUACUCCACAAACUUUACCAACAUCAUUUAAUAAAUUAGCUCGAUUACCACUUGUUGCUGAAGCUAUUGAAAACUAUGAUAAAAUAUAUGAUCUUUAUCCACCAAUUACACAAUGUCCAUCAAUUCAAACACGUAUUGCUUUUAAAUUACUUGAAUUAGGUGAAGAUUUUUGUCCAAAAAUGUCAACAUUUAAAGAAGGACUAGUAGUUGAUGUUAAUCAAACUACCGGUGAAUUAACUAUUCAAUUGGAUAAUCCAUUUCAAACAGUUUUUGAUCAACCAUCAAAAUUCUAUGCACCAACAGAAGAACAAUCAGAAGAAAGUUUAACAACAGUUGUUCUACCAUUUUCUGAUCUCAAUUCAGUUCGAUUAUUGUCAACAUCGAAUAAGGAUAUUACAAUAUAA